AAGUCCCAAGCCUCUCUCUUUAAAUUCUCCCCCCCAACUCUUCUCCCUUGGCUAUUAUUCCACAUCUCAACUUUUGCUUUUACUUGAAAAAACAGCAAGUAUUAGAAAAACAUUCUCUCUGUUUCUUCCUUUCUACUUCUAGAAGCAAAGAAACAUGAGACGGCCAUCCAUGUCCUUUGUCAAGCCCAAAAGUAUUCUCUCGACGAUUUUGUUAGUAUGCUGCAUGGCUAUCAGACUUUGCCUCUGUUCCUCUAGUGUUGUGUCCUCAUUGAAAGCACUCCAUGUUCAGGGGCAAUUUAGUUUUGAUGGAAAUGAAUUUGCUGCAACAGAUUUCGGGAACCAGUUUCAUUUCCUACCUUCGGCAGUUCUACAUCCAAAAAAAGUAUCUGACAUUGCCGCAACUAUAAAGCAUGUGUGGCAAAUGGGUCCUGCUUCAGGGCUAACUGUUGCAGCGAGAGGCCAUGGGCACUCGCUCCAAGGACAAGCACAAGCACCACAAGGAAUUGUAAUCAACAUGGAAUCACUCAGCGGCCAAGAAAUGCAGGUCCACAGGGGGAAAUUCCCUUAUGUGGAUGUCCCAGCUGGAGAGCUGUGGAUCAAUAUCUUGCAUGAGUGCUUGAAAUAUGGUUUGGCGCCCAAAUCUUGGACAGAUUACUUACACCUAACUGUUGGUGGUACUUUGUCCAAUGCUGGAAUUAGCGGGCAGGCAUUCCGACAUGGCCCCCAAAUCAGUAAUGUCCACCAGCUUGAAGUUGUCACAGGAAAAGGAGAAGUGGUAGUAUGUUCAGAGGAGAAGAAUGCUGACCUCUUUCACGCUGUCCUGGGUGGACUUGGCCAGUUUGGUAUAAUAACUCGAGCAAGAAUCUCUUUAGAACCAGCACCAAAGAUGGUAAAGUGGAUCAGAGUGCUUUAUUCAGAUUUCUCCACUUUUGCGAGAGACCAAGAGCAUUUAAUAUCUGCAGAGAACACCUUUGAUUACAUAGAAGGUCUGGUGAUAGUAAACAAGACAGGUCUCAUCAACAACUGGAGAGCAUCCUUCAACCCAGAAGACCCAGAGCAAGCCAGUCAAUUUGUAUCAGAUGGAAGGACACUAUUUUGCCUGGAGUUGACAAAAAAUUUUAACCCCGAUGAGGCUACUAAAAUAAAUAAGGAAAUUAAGUCCUUAUUAUCUCAAUUAAGCUACAUCCCCUCAACACUCUUUGUUACAGAAGUUUCAUACGUGGAAUUCUUGGACAGGGUCCAUGCUGCAGAACUAAAACUACGGUCAAAAGGACUUUGGGAACUUCCACACCCAUGGCUCAAUCUACUUGUUCCAAGAAGCAAAAUACACAGCUUUGCUGAAGGUGUUUUUGGCAGCAUUCUAACAGACACAAAUAAUGGCCCGGUACUUGUCUACCCAGUGAAUAAAUCAAAUAAUUUUCAUAAUAUUUUCAGGUGGGAUAACAGAACUUCAUUUGUAACACCAGAGGAAGACAUUUUCUACCUGGUGGCAUUUCUUCCACAUGCAGUUCCCUCGUCCACGGAAAACAAUGGCUUACAACAUUUACUAAGUAUAAAUAAAAGAAUUUUAAAUUUUUGUGAGGCGGCCCACUUAGGAGUAAAGCAAUAUCUGCCGUAUUAUACCACACAGGAAGAGUGGCGAUCUCACUAUGGUCCACGGUGGGAAGUCCUCGUACAGAGGAAAUCAGCUUAUGACCCUCUAGCAAUACUUGCUCCAGGGCAGAGGAUUUUCCAAAAGGCUAUAUCCGUUUUAUGACAGACAACUUUGGUAUAAAAGGGGAACGACAAUUGAAUCUCAAGGCAGCUCAAAGGCUAAGAGGAACUGUCAGCAACAUAUUGUGCAGGCCUAAGGGUUAUCUAAUUUAGGAUACAAGCUGAGUUGGAAUUAUUGUAUAUUGAUAUAAUAUUAGAGGUUCAAUAUUUUUUUGCACCUUCUCAAACUGUAAGUAUGAAGAGGAGGCUCAGCUACAGGGUAAAAUUCUAUUGAACACAAAAAUAUAUUAAUUAGUAAUGCACAUUUACAUUAAACAUUA